UUCACAUUGCCUACCUCUGUGAAGCCUCUCCUGUUUUGUUUUUUUUCUUUGUUCCGUUAUCUGCAAGCACGGAGCAUACAGGCCUCUAUACUUAAAUGAAAUAGAAAACAUGCUGUAGUGGUAGGAACUCUUGCUUGCACAUUUCAGUGUGUUAGAUGCAUGGGUUAAGUGAGGUUCAAAGCUGUUAGACUUAAUAGGAAACUUGGCAUGUUUAGGAGAGCUGUGGUAACAGAAAUAAACUCUAAGGAGUAAGUUCGGUAAUGAUGAGGUAGUGGAGGAAGAAAAUGUUGCCUGUUCUUUGCCUAAAUUGAAAGAAAAUGGAAGAGGGCUCAAUCAGAUUGAAUAGAAAAGCAAGCUUAAAGAUGAACAUUAAAGACCAAGAUCAAGCAGCCAAUAUAAACAGACACUAAGAAAGGGCAAAAGGAGCUUUCUGGGCUCAGACCGGUAGCAUGGCCAAACGUACCAAGAAGGUUGGGAUCGUCGGUAAAUACAGGACUCGCUAUGGGGCCUCCCUCUGGAAAAUGGUGAAGGAAAUUGAAAUCAGCCAGCAUGCCAAGUACACUUGCUCUUUCUGUGGCAAAACCAAGAUGAAGAGACAAGCUGUGGGCAUCCGGCACUGUGGUUACUGCAUGAAGACAGUGGCUGGCGGUGCCUGGACGUACAAUACCACUUCUGCUGUCACCGUAAAGUCUGCCAUCAGAAGACAACUGAAAGACCAGUAGACGCUCCUCUACUCUUUCUGAGACAUCACUGGCCUAUAAUAAAUGGGUUAAUUUAUGUAAAAAAAAAAAAAAAAAAAAA